UAAUCUUUGUUUACAGUUUCUUCUAUCAAUGGUUUGAUUGCAAAUCAUAGGCUAGACAAGCGGUAUACUAAAUAACAAAUUGUGAUAUGAUAGAUUUGAAAGCAUGAAAGAUACUUAUUUCAGGUUGCUAAUACACUUGCAAAAUAUCCUGAGCUUAUGGAGGGUUUCAAUGAAUUUAUAGAGCGUUAUGAACGAGUUGUUGGAUUUCUUGCAAAGUGGGAUGAAGAGCAAGACAAAGAUCAAGAUGAGGCUUCUCCACAGAGAAUUAAUCUUGAACAAGUUGUCACCUUUGUGAAGAAAGUAAAGGAGCGUUUUCAAAAUGACGAUCAUGUGUACAAAUCCUUCUUAGACAUUUUGAAGAUGUAUAAAGAGGAGCACAACAAGAACAUCAAUGAUGUCUAUCAUGAGGUUGCCAUAUGUCUCAAUGAUCAUCCAGAUUUACUUGAAGAUUUCACAAAAUAUCUGCCAGAGUCUUCAUUCCCAAUGCUUAAGCUUUAUCUCCAUGAAUUAACAAUCUUCUUUAGUUCGUUAUAA